UAAUCUAAGCUAUCCAUGAAGGUUUAAAAUGAAGCAAAAAAAACAAGUGGAACGUAUCCUUUCUGUCAGACUCCUCCUCACCCUGCCACUGAAGAUGAUACCGCUGAGGAUCUUGUGCAUGUGGCUGUGCCUCAGCAUAGCCUGGGCAACAAAUGAUGAAAGCACAUUUUUGAAAGAGGGAGGAGGAGUGCGUGGCCCCAGAGUGAUGGAACAUGCAAGCCAAUCUGAAUGCAAACAGGAUAAGGGCUGGCCUUUCUGUGCAGAUGAUGACUGGGGUCACAAAUGUCCUUCAGGCUGCAGGAUGCAAGGGUUGAUUGAUGAAACUGAUAAAGAUUUUCAUCACAGAAUACAAAGAAUUAGGAACCUACUAUUAGAUAAUGAAAACAAGUACAAAAAAUCCAACGUGUUAACUGUGGAAACAAUUAAUUUCCUGAAAGGAAAUCUGGCCAGUGCCCUGGAGAGUGACAACAAAUAUGGACAAAUUUCAGAAGAUCUGAGAAGGAGACUUGUUUUAUUAAAGCAGAAAGUUCUUGUACAAGUAAACAGGAUUAAAGUACUGCAAAACAGUAUCCGAGACCAGGUUGUGGAGAUGAAACGCUUGGAGGUGGACAUUGAUAUUAAGAUACGUGCCUGCAAAGGAUCCUGUGCUAAAAGUUUAAAUUACCAGGUGGACACAGAGAGCUAUGAAAAUAUCCAGAAGCAGCUCACACAGGCCAGUUCAAUCGAUCUGCAGUCUGUACUUGAAACUAGUUCCUUGAAGGUGCUGAAAAUGAGGCCACUGAAGGACUCUAUUGUUCCUGCGCAUUUCAAAACUCUGCCUCAAACUCAAGAACUAAACAUUCUUGAUGAAAUUGUACAGGUUGUGAUGACUCUAGAACGGCCAGAAGGCGAGGAAAAAGUAGAAACCUCACGUGUUUCAGUAGUAUCAGGGGUAGGUGGAGGAGCACAAGAUGGCAAAACAGUGACCUCUAGCCAUGGGAAGGAAACUGUUGGUUUGGGAGGAAAGCAUACCUCUAUAAUCCGCCAUACAUGUACCAGAACUAUCACCAAAAAAAUUAUCACUGGUCCUGGUGGCCCUAGAGAAGAAAUUGUUGAAACAAUGACUUCACCUGAUGGUUCUGACUGCUCCCAUUUUCAAGGUUCAGGGAGGGAAGAAGUAACUGGCCGUGGGGACAUUACACAUGUCAGAGUGACCUCUCAGGGUGGAACAAGUGACUUAUCUAAAUUAAUCCCAGAAUAUGAAAAAUUUUUCACUGAAUCCGGGUCCAGUAGUAGCAAAUUCCAUACCACCUACACAAGCGAUAGUGGCACUGACCAUGGUACUAGAACUGGAAGUUUUGGCAGUGGUACUGGACGUUAUAGCAGUGGUGGAACUGCUAGUCACACUACGCAUUCUGGAGGGACAGAAAGUUUUGCAGAUCUAGGGGAGGGGGAAGAGGACAUCUUUGAUCCUCACUUUGACCCAUCUAGGUUACCUUCCAGCAAAGUUCAGAGUGGCAGUUCGGCUCAUGUGGAGACAAGAGUGACCAGCAGCAGUAGCAGCUCUACUAGUUUCAACAAGGGUGGCUCCACUUUUGAAACCAAAUCGCUAAAGAGCCGAGCAGUGACUGAGGAGUUAGGUGGGUUGCAACACGAGGAGAGUGGAGAGGAUACCCCAGACUUUCGGGCACGCAGCUUGAGAACAGCAGGAGAGAAGCUUGGGACAAGCUACACUGGGACAGACUGUGAUGAUAUCCGCCAGAAACACACUUCUGGUGCCAAAAGUGGCAUUUUCAGAAUCAAGCCAGCAGGAUCCGAUAAAGUUUUUUCAGUUUAUUGCGACCAAGAGACCACUUUGGGAGGAUGGCUUUUGAUCCAACAGAGAUUGGAUGGAUCAGUGAAUUUUAACCGGACCUGGCAAGACUACAAGAAAGGUUUCGGCAGCAUGGAUGGCAAAGGGAAAGGAGAGUUCUGGCUGGGCAAUGAAAACAUCCACUUACUGACCCAGAAGGACACUGUCCUUCGAGUCGAAUUAGAGGACUGGGAUGGCAAUGAAGCUUAUGCAGAAUAUAAUAUACAUGUAGGUUCUGAGUCCGAUGGUUAUGUCCUCAGUGUGUCUGCUUAUGAGGGGACUGCUGGGGAUGCACUGAUCAUAGGCUCAGUGGAGGAAGGUAUUGAAUACACAGCUCAUGCUAACAUGAAGUUUAGCACUUUUGACAGGGACAGUGACCAAUGGGAGGAGAACUGUGCUGAAGUGUAUGGAGGAGGCUGGUGGUACAACAACUGUCAAGCUGCUAAUCUCAAUGGCAUUUACUACCAAGGAGGCCAGUAUGACCCAAGGAACAAUGUUCCUUAUGAGAUUGAAAACGGAGUGGUCUGGAUACCAUUUAGAGCCUCGGACUAUUCUCUCAAAGUUGUUAGAAUGAAAAUCAGGCCCAUAGAAACCCAGUAGGCAAACCACAGUAAAACAGGCAUUAUUAUUAUUAUUAUUAAUAUUAUUAUUUUGUUUACUAUACCUCAAAAUACAUAGAAUAUCUCUAUACAGUCUAACUGAAGACAACCAAGACACAUUUGUACUUUAAAAAUAAACAUUGUUUAAUUUUAAACAA